AUGUCGAUAUUGACUGAUAAAAUCAUGCGCCAUAUCGCUCCAAAAGCGAAUGAUAUGUUGGAUAUGCGAAGUGUUGUGAUGGGACUUUUUGGGCAGACUGGGCCUGAGGUUCGUUCUCAAUUGGGAGAUUUGCACAGGAACUACGCAUCAGCUUCUGCUGUUUUGAGGAAUAGGACCGAAGAUGUUGCGGUGGUAUGGUUAGGGAAUGCUGGAAGCAUUACUAUAAAUAGGACUGUUUAUACAGUGGAUAACUGUCACUGGCACUCACCUGCUGAGCACACCCUCAAUGGAAUUAAGUAUGAGUUGGAGAUUCACAUAGUUCAUAGGAGUGCUCAAAAUCAGAUUGCGGUUGUUGCAAUUCUUUACCGAUAUGGCUCGCCUGAUCCCUUCAUUGAUAGGCUGUUUGGCUCCUUAAAGAAUCUUACAACCGAAGACAGACCACUGGGGUCUGUUAAUCCAGAAAGCAUUGACUUUCCUGGCAGAAAUUAUUAUCGAUACAAGGGUUCACUUACAACUCCUCCCUGCUCAGAGGGUGUGGUUUGGACAGUCUUCCAACAGGUCAAGACGGUCUCCCAUUCUCAAGUUGAUGCAUUAAAGCGUGUCCUUCCUCCUCAAAACAGAAACAACGCAAGGCCAACCCAACCUCUGAACGGAAGACCUGUCUUACUGUACGAUCCACCAAGGAGGGGUAAUUAA